UGUGCGUCUUCCCUCACCCUUGAGAGGUCGGCCAACCCAUGAUAGGGUGGAUACCUCCCUCCACAAGAGCACUUCACAAUCGAUAUUCCCACAUUGGCUUCUAAUGGAGGUUCGUUAAAAAAAAAUAAGGAAAAUAAGGAAAAAAAGCACGUUUCCUCCGUUUAAAAAUGUCGGGUUCCCAAAGCUCGGGUCCCUUCGUCGCCGCUAAAUCUACCACAAGCUCUUCUGGUUCUGCGCCACCUACACAAGCACCCGUAACAGUAUCGUCUGGGAACGAUCCGCAAAGACGUAGCGGGGGAGGAGGCCCUGCCUUCGGAUCUAAUCUUUCUUCGAGAAACAAUUUGGCCUCUUCAAGAAGUAGCCAAGCAAGGCGUACGAGCCAUCGCAAUCGACGCAAACCCAGUGCCACAGCUUCUGAAGAGGCUGCUGCCGAGAGUCAGAUCACGAUGGGGACGCGCAAUAGACGUAAGGGUACUUCGAUCACCCACCUCAUGAGUUGGAAUGUUUCAACCACCGCCUCUCGGAGUUCAGAUAGUUACCGCUGGCAUGAUAGCCGCCGUUAUCCGACUUACGGGAUGGGCUCGGGUUACCACGAGGUGGACAAGGCUCGCUAUGUAAAUGCCAAUUAUCGGUUUAUUGUCCACCCCGGCGGAGAUUUCCGCGCACAGACGAUAAACCCCGAUGAUCCCUUGCCAUGGAAUCUUGUACUCCAGGUCCUAGCAUCAGCAAAAACACAGCAGCCCACCUGUCCUAUCUGUUUAUCUAUUCCGGUCGCUCCUCGAAUGUCAAAAUGCGGUCAUAUAUUCUGCCUCCCAUGUCUUAUUCGGUAUAUGGCUUCCAUCGAAGACGACAAAUGCCCACUGGAGAGGCGACCGAAAUACAAAAAAUGUGUGAUCUGCAUGGAUAGUGUUUAUCUAGCAGAAUCCCGGCCAGUCAGAUUCUUCACCGGGCAGGAAAAUGUGGCUCCUCGAGAAGGGGAAGAUGUUGUCCUGCGUCUUGUAAUGAAACGCAUGGGCAGUAUCCUCGCAUUACCGAAGGACGGUGCCCAUUGCCCUACGCGAGUGGAGGAGAUUCCAUGGCAUUUUGCUGCUGAGGUGAUGGACUAUGCCCGGAUUAUGAAAGGGACCGAGACCUAUAUGACUGACCAAUUUGCAAGAGAGGUGGAAGAUCUUAAGGUCAUGCAGCAGGAGGACGAAGCCAUGUUUGGGGAAGAUGGCGAAUGGGCAAAGAAGGCCGUGGCAUCGAUUGAACUCCAAAUUGAGGCGAUCAAAGGAAUUGGAAACCCAAAGGGCUAUCUCCCCGAUACCUUUGCUAGCCCCCCGGAAGUGGAGAGCGAGAGAAAGAAAGAAAAGAAGCUGGAAAUCAAGUUUAAUGGGAACGAAGAGGAUGUUCCCCUUAUGUACCACGUAUCCCAUGAAGCCCGUUCCGGUCAUUCAUCGAGCUCCAUUUCGAGGUCGCAAUCGCCUUCGCAGAGCAGACCUGGAGCGGCGAUACUGGUACCUGCAUCGGAAUCAACACCGACAGUCAAACUACAGCCCCAAGAUAGCGAGCUUUCUACUUCCCAGGUAGAUGCAAGAGACGCAGUACGGCGUCGGAAUGGGAGCUCUGCUAGGGGCGAUGUUCCGUAUUAUUUCUACCAAGCCCUUCCUCACUACUACCUAUCCACCCUUGAUAUCAAAAUCCUGAGAGCGGCUUUUGGAUCCUAUUCCGAAUUUCCUUCAACUAUACUACCUAGGGUUGAAAACGUGAUAACAGGUUACUCAGUCGACGACGAUUUCCGGAAACGUGCAAGGUAUCUAGCACACCUUCCUUAUGGCUGUGAAGCUGCCUUCCUAGAAUGCGACUGGACAGAUAUCGUUUCUGCGGAGGUUCUAGAAGCCUUUAGCGCUGAGAUUGACCAGCGGAGGAAACGGAAGCUGGAGAAAGACUCUCGGGAAGAGCGUGCUCGGAUCAAGGCAGAGAGCCGACAUGAGGAAAAUCACUGGGCUCUGGCUAAGCAUAUGAAGGAGUCACCGGUGGUUGAUUAUGAGCAGGGCUUACCCACGAUGACGGCGACUCAGAGCAUCAAUAGGACCGAACCUAAUGGUGGUGAAUCAAGUUCUGCCAUGGAAGCCGCUUCCCCACCUCUUAGCGAUGAUUUCCACAAUGGGGAGGAAUCUUCGGUCGCUGGCCUAGCAUCAUCCUCCACCAGUCUCGCCCAGGGGUGGACUGUUUGGGGAACACCUCUGGUACACCCCCCAGGGGAAACCGAACCUGCUAUCUCUAUGCCUUCAUCGGAUGACAAUGGCGGUUGGUUACCGGACUGGGAGCGGGACCUCAUGCUUCAAGAACAGGUUCUGGUAGGAUUGGAACCCGCCGGGGGUGCCGCCAGCAGCAGUGGUCGGACACCUAGCCAAGGAAAGGGAGCCCAGGGUGGGAAAAAGAAGAAGUUCAAGAAAGUUACACUGAUGACCAAUGGGGGGAAACGCGGAGCUUAAUGCGUGCAUUUGUCAAACCAACUAUCUGGUUGCUGUUCUGAACACCAUUCACUUCUAUCGUGGGUUAUGCACUGCGUUCGUUCAUCCGCUUUUUUUCCUUUUUUUAAACUGUUUAAAUCUCUUCUUGCUCCUGCUUAAAAAAUUUACUUUUCCUUGGUCCGAAGAAGUGCCCAGAAUCAUAAAGCAUGGCGUAGAUAGCGUUGGCUACUUUUGCAGAUGGUGAUUUUCGGCCCCUUAUCCUAAUCCUGCCUGGGUUGGGAUCUUCUGUUUUGUUUUGUUUCUAGUUCUUCGUUUUGGGGGAGGGAGUUUUUAGGAGUUUUUAGGCUACAUAUAUGUAUUCAAGAAGUUGCAAACUCCGAUAUAUUUCUGGUUAUGGGAUGAGUUCUUCGUGAUAUCCGCAGUUUACAGACUGCUGUUUUUCGAGCUGCUGUUCAUAUUCUUGAACCCUCACCUUUACACUUCCGCAGUGCUGAAUUGUGCUGAUAUACAAGUUUUGUUUUAUGUAGUUUGAGUGUACCAAAUAUUUUAGAUAAAAUAGAAGUCUUUAGUUAGUAAUAGAGAUGUUGGCCUAAUUGA